AUGACUGUACUAUUUGUUGGUGCAGUUCCCACAGUCACUACUAGUUUAAUUGUUCCAGCUAAAGUCAUUCCUUCUCAAGUAAAGCCAUAUAGGGUCUGUAUGCAGGGCUCCAAAUCUCAUACGGAUAACUUCAUUCAUUCAAGGGUAGUUUUGAAAAGGAUUUUUAUGGAGGAGCCAUUAACUAUCAAUGUUCUGGCAAUGAUCAUGUUGGCAAUCUGGGCCUCUAUUACCAAAGGGUCAUUGUGUGGAAAUUUGACAUGGGCUGCAUCGUCCUCAGUAAAUGUUAUGGGCUUACAUUCAUACCGAGGUGUUUGGGGAGUAUGCUCCUCGACAGCCAACACCUCUUCUCCUGGUUCAUGUCGUUCUUUCAUAUUAAACAAACUUGCUUCAAUGUAUAUAUUUAACUUCCUAUGUUUAUUUUCAAUUAUAAGUUUUUUGGUUUUGCCUUUAGAACUUCUUACUAUCAAGCUUCAAGUAAUUCUUGGAUAUAUAGUGUCAGAAAAACUACUUAUAACUUUGUAUUUGAUCAAAGUCCAUGAAGGAAUUCUUACAUUGGUCUAUGACAAUUCACUUGGCAUUUUGUACUCACCAAGCUAUCAUAUAGAAGAAACACAUUGGAAAGAAUUUGUCAAGAGAAGGACAUCCAAAGAGUUUCAAGAUUUUAGAAAAUUACAACAAGAAAUGUGUAAUCAUUUACAAUACCCUCAUAGGACUUCACGCCAUAGCUAUACUGAAUUGGAAGCUGAUUUACAAGCUAAGUGGGACACAACAGAGGAGAUAGAUCGAUCUAUACUCUGGAAGGAGGCCAUAAAAGAUUCUUCUGGCAACUAUGUCACCGAGCGUGACAAUGUCAUGGGAGAGGCCAUCAUAAGUUGUAAAAUGUUAAAUGACUUUUGGUAA